AUGCCUCCACUGAGCCGCCAGCAACUACAGGAAAAGUGUCUACGGAAGCCCCUCCGCUACUCCUGCGUGAAGCUCCGCAUCAGAUCGUGUAAGACACAACUUCCACGUAACUGUCGAUCGAAGCGGCGGCGGGAUCUAAAGAAGCUGUCCCAUGCGAGUGGACAGGCUUGGCUCGUUUUGAAUCUCGGCGCAAUAGGUAGUGGUUACCAAGAGAACAAGCAAGUCAAGUAA